GCAGCUGUGAAGGAAGAGCAGAGACCAGUCAGUGUGUGGAGGAAUUCACAUGAUCUUCUGACUGGUUCUGCAGCAUGCAGGAAGUGAGCACGCUGGAGUUUAUUCGACGGUGGAGAUCAGCGUUCACAUUAAGUGUGUGUUUGUUUUGAACAGAUAGGAAGUCCAGCUCGCCCGAUGGAGACUUGUUGCUGCAGAGCUCUGCAGAGCCAGCGAAAAGAAGCCGAGAGCAGUGCAAGAGUGUGAAGAAAUAUCUUUGCCCUUCACCUCCUGUCACCCAUCACUAUACCUAAAUCUCACAAACGCAGUACUGUCAUGGAUGACCCUUUAUUUACACCAACCUCUCUUCAGACUCAAACAGAAGCCAUUACUGCACCUGUGCUUACUGAUUACAAGAUGGAUGAAGGCUAUUUUGACACCAUUCUGGGAGCUGUGAUCACCGCCGUCGUCCUGGUGCUGAUUGGUCUGGCUGUGGUUGUUACUCGCUACAUGUUGAGACACAAGGGAUCGUACGACACCAAUGAGGCCACGGGCACUGAGUUUGCAGACACGGUGGAUGUGAUGCUGCGAGAUGACCCCACCCUAAGGGAAGCGAUGGACACCAGCAAGAAGGAGUACUUCAUCUGAGCGUGUGCAAACCCCUGCUGCUGUGUCAAGAGACACACAGUUUGACCAAUCAGCUGUCUGAAGACUGAGAUCAGUUGAUUAAAUGAGUCAAGGCUGGUGUGCUGCUGCUUGGUUGGAACAAAAAUCUGCAGCCACACGACCCUUUGUGGAACAGUUUGGGCACCCCUGUUCUAUGGGAAGAAAAAAUUUUAAUGUAAUAAUGAUCAAAAAAAAAGUCACUUAUCUUUGGCAUUUUUAUAUAAAAAGCAUCACAUUAAAAGAUGCUGUAACCCAUCCAUGUCCCUGUGAAAUGUUUUCUGUACUUCCAGAUUGAACAAGGUGCCCUCCUCCCACCAAGGGUCUCCAAACUGUUUUCCAUUGAAAUAUCACAAUAUAGUGUCACAUGAUAUGAAAUUGCAUUUAUGGGACAAAAGCUUUUUGAUCAGAGCUGAAGCAAAAUAUUAUCCCUGGACUCUGAAACGAGCCGACUCACAAACAGACAUCUGUGUUAUCAUUCUGUGCUUGACUGUUGAGGAGAGCUGCAUUUACUUUUCUUAGUUUUAUUCAAGUUAAAACUUUGUGAAACAUGUAGUCAGACAGUCAGAUCUUAUGAGUGUUUGCAUGUUUGGUUGAAAACUGAAAAAGUAAGUGAUGAACUGCAUGAAUGUUCAGUAUGUGCACAUAAAGCAGUAUGUUCUGAACAAUAUAAAAAAAAGUUUUUGACA